AUGCAAGUGCCCGCCCCGUUUCGUGCACCGGCUUGGGUAUCCACGCGCCGCCUCCUCGAACAGAAACUAUCAGACCUCCAUAAAUGCAACGAUCUAAGACAACUGAAACAAGUUCAUGCACUCAUAUACAAAUCCAGUCUUGACCAGGACCCAUUCGUCAUCCCCAAACUAAUCACUGCCUUCUCUCUCUGCCGCCAAAUCCCUUGCGCCAUCAAAGCCUUUAACCAAGUCCACGAACCCAACGUCCAUUUAUACAACACUAUGAUUAGAGCUCACGUUCACAAUUCUCAGCCUGCCCAAGCCUUUGGGAUUUUCUUCUUGAUGCAAAAUUCCGGUGUUUGUCCCGAUAAUUUCACUUAUCCUUUCCUUUUGAAGGCCUGUGCCGGUCAGAAUGAUUUUCACUUGGUCAAAAUGAUUCAUAGCCAUAUCCAAAAAUUCGGUUUUUCUUCGGAUAUUUACGUCCCUAAUGCUUUGAUUGAUUCAUAUUCGAGGUGCGGUUUGGUGGGUGUAGGUGCAGCUAAAAAGGUGUUCAGUGUGAUGGAAGAUAAAGAUACUGUUUCUUGGAACACAAUGAUAGGUGGCUUGGUGAAAUUGAAUCGAUUAAGCGAAGCACGCCAGCUGUUCGACGAAAUGCCUGAGCGUGAUAUGGUUAGUUGGAACACCAUAUUGGAUGGUUAUGCCAAAGCAGGACAGUUAAACGAUGCGUUUGAACUGUUUGAGAAAAUGCCUGAGAGAAAUGUUGUCUCUUGGUCUACUAUGCUCACAGGUUAUAGCAAAGCUGGAGAUAUGGAUAUGACAAGAAUGUUGUUCGACAAAAUGCCUGUCAAAAAUAUGGUUUCUUGGACCAUAAUAAUAUCUGGCUAUGCACAAAAGGGGCUUGCAAAGGAAGCAGCCGAUUUAUAUGUGCAAAUGGAGGAAGCAGGAUAUCGCCCUGAUGAUGGGGCUAUAAUCAGUAUUCUAGCUGCAUGUGCAGAGUCUGGUUUAAUUUGGUUAGGUAAACGAGUGCACCAAUCUAUUAAAAGAAACAAGCAUCAUUGUAGCACCCUUAUUGAAAACGCAUUAGUUGAUAUGUACGCCAAAUGUGGCAGCUUAAACAGGGCAUUAAGCAUCUUUAAUAGGAUGUCUAAGAAAGAUUUAGUAUCUUGGAAUGCCAUGAUUCAUGGUUUAGCAAUGCAUGGACAUGGAAACGAAGCACUUGAGCUUUUCUCCAAAAUGAAACAAGAAGGGUUCACCCCAGAUAAAGUUACAUUUGUUGGUGUUCUAUGUGCAUGUACUCAUGGAGGCUAUAUUGAUGAAGGGAUUCAAUAUUUCUACACAAUGGAAAGAGACUACGGGGUUCCUCCUGAAAUUGAACAUUAUGGAUGUGUGAUUGAUCUUUUAGGGCGUGGAGGGCGUCUUCAAGAAGCAUACAGGUUAGUAUGCACUAUGCCAGUUGAACCUAAUGUGAUCAUAUGGGGUGCCCUUUUAGGGGCUUGUAGACUUUAUAAUGCAGUGGAACUUGCUCAAGAAGUGUUGGAACAUUUGGUUAAAUUAGAACCUGAAAAUGCUGGAAACUAUUCCAUGCUGUCUAACAUAUAUGCUGCAACUGGUCAAUGGGGUAGUGUGGCGGAUGUAAGGUUGAAGAUGAAGAACAUUGGGAAUGAAAAGCAAUCAGGGGCUAGUUUACUUGAAUUAGAAGAUGGGGUUCAUGAAUUUACUGUAAAGAAUACUUUGCAUCCUGCAUCUGAUAAGAUAUAUCAAAUGGUUGAUGGAUUGAGUGAUCAUAUGAAGAAAGUUGGUUAUUUCCCAGAUGUGUUUUAG